AGCAGGACGUACAAACAGAACAUCCAAUUCUCGUGGCAGGAGGACAGUGAGUUUGCACGGAGAGGGGGCAUAGAAUGUUGAUGGCAGGCUGAGCUGUAAAUAUUUUUGUGUAUUUGGUUCCUAUUUUGAUUGUACCUAAAUUAAUGAUAGAAAAGAGGAUUUCCACUAGGGCUUUGGGCUGUUUUUGGAUGUGGGUUACUGGGACCCAGUGGGGAAGAGAACAGAGACAUAAAAAGAGAUGCCUGUCGGGAGACUCCCCUACCCAACAGGUGCUGAAUUCUAGGAGGAUGCAUGAGGCCGGAGAUGCUCUCUAAGACUGGGGAAUUCAUCACCAAGGAGGCUGCUUCUGAGCCUUUAAAAGAAGAACUUUGCCAGAAUCAGUCUUCACUCCAGAUGUGCAGCACCAUGAGGGCCCUGGUGCCUCUGCUGUCCCUGUUCCUGCUGGGUGGCCAGGCACAGCAUGGGUCCGAUUGGACCUACUCAGAAGGAGCACUGGAUGAGGUGCACUGGCCGAAGCACUACCCCCACUGUGGUGGCCGGAGACAGUCACCCAUUGACCUACAGAGGACGAAGGUGCGGUACAACCCCGCCCUGAAGGGGCUCAACCUGACAGGCUACGAGUCGCAGGCAGGCGAGUUCCCCAUGGUCAACAACGGCCACACAGUGCAGAUCAGCCUGCCCGGCACCAUGCGCAUAACAGAUGCCAAUGGCACCGUGUACAUAGCUCAGCAGAUGCACUUUCACUGGGGUGGUGCGUCCUCGGACAUCAGCGGCUCUGAGCACACCGUGGACGGGAUCAGACAUGUGAUCGAGAUUCACGUUGUUCACUACAAUUCCAAAUACCAGAGCUAUGAGGCAGCCCAGGAGGCGCAGGACGGCUUGGCUGUACUGGCAGCGUUCGUUGAGGUGAAGGAUUACCCUGAAAACACCUACUACAGCAACUUCAUUUCUCAUCUGGCCAACAUCAAGUACCCAGGACAAAGCACAACUCUGACUGGCCUUGACGUUCAGGACAUGCUGCCCAAGAACCUCCAGCACUACUACAGCUACCAGGGCUCGCUCACCACUCCUCCCUGCACCGAGAACGUCCAUUGGUUUGUGCUGGCAGAUUUCGUCAAGCUCUCCAUGACGCAGGUUUGGAAGCUGGAGAAUUCCUUACUGGAUCACCAAAACAAGACCAUCCAGAAUGAUUAUCGCAGGACCCAGCCGCUGAACCACAGAGUAGUGGAAUCCAACUUCGUGUACCUCCCAAAUCAGGGUGAGGGGCACUGGGCAUCCCAGAAGAGACCAAAGCCAAGAAUACAACCCUCCUCAACAUGCCACGCUUGGCUCCGGGCGGCUUAGAAGCCUGAGGUCAAACACAGUGAAGAUGCUUAAAGCCAAUGCAGUGGGCACGUGGAGAGUAUUCUAAGGAAUCAAAAGACUUCCCCAAAAUACGAUGCUGGUAUGGUGUCUGGCCAUCUCCCUUCUCUGUUUUUGUGAGGACUGUACAAGACUUAGCCAUUUCCAACUAACUCUUCUUUUUAUGGAAUAUACUCUAGGCUCUGAAUUCCAGUUUUAUCUACAUAAGGUUAAGAAAGAUCUUGAAUACUUAAGAAAAGCAUUGAACAGAGGAAAGACCCAAUAUUAACUAGCUUGAAGCCAGAUCUAACUGGAGGAGGUGCCAGUCCCCUGCAGCCACACCCUGCCCUGUCUAGGAAACCAUGUGUGUCUGGAGCACGCUGCUCCCUCUGGGGCAGCUGUUGAGUUUCUGAUUAAAAGAGGGGAAAUGAUCGUCCCGGACAGGAAGUGAGAUGGCUUCCAUGCAUGAGAAGGGAUCUGAGUUAGACAUCACCAGUGGAAAUUGAUUGGAAUAGAAAUUUAAAGGAAAUAGAACCCUAACUAUUCUCCCAUCAAAUCAUACAUGUUGACCUGUCUAAAUUAUAAACCAGCCUGAACUUUCCUUUAGCAUUGGAUGUAAUAAAAUAAUUUUGGAAAUUUGUCAUU